UAAUGUGUCUGUGACUUGUAGAGUGGCCUCGACGCGGCAAUCUCGGCGUCCGACGUGAGUCAAAGUGAUUUUUAGGCGCAACUUUCAAUAAAUAUGUUGUGCUAGUAUCGUGAAAGUAAAGAACGAUGAGCUUCUCUAGCGAUGAAGUCAAUUUCUUGGUUUACCGAUACCUUCAAGAAUCUGGAUUUCAACAUUCUGCAUACACAUUUGGCAUAGAAUCACAUAUAUCACAGAGUAACAUAAAUGGAGCAUUAGUACCACCAGCAGCACUUUUAUCAAUUCUACAGAAAGGGCUACAGUACACAGAAGCAGAAAUAUCAAUAGGCGAAGAUGGUACUGAACAAAGAAUGGUGGAAUCCUUAUCUCUUAUUGAUGCUGUUAUGCCAGAUGUUGUGGCAUCAAGACAAAAUCAAAUUAAUCAGCAAAAACAACAGGUGAAAACAGAAGUACAAGAUACAAAUGGAGAGGAAGUUGUUACCUCCAAUGAAGGUGUAGGCACAAAUGAGAGAGGAGGAGAUAGGACAGAAAUGGAAGUAGAUGAACAACAACAAGGUUCAAGCAGGGGAACUAAUGCUAGCGCUGUUGAAAUUCCAGACACUAAAGCUACAAUAUUACGUGGUCAUGAAUCGGAAGUUUUCAUAUGUGCAUGGAAUCCAACAACUGAUCUUUUGGCUUCUGGUUCAGGAGAUAGCACAGCUCGUAUUUGGGAUAUGUCUGGUAGUUCACAAGCUCCAAAUCAGCUUGUUCUUCGUCACUGCAUACAAAAAGGUGGUACCGAAGUGCCAAGCAACAAAGAUGUUACUUCAUUAGAUUGGAAGUGUGAUGGUACCUUAUUAGCAACAGGAAGUUAUGAUGGUUAUGCACGAAUUUGGAAGACAGAUGGUAAAUUAGCAUCCACAUUAGGUCAACACAAAGGUCCAAUCUUUGCAUUAAAAUGGAAUAAACGUGGUAACUACAUAUUAAGUGCUGGAGUUGACAAAACAACAAUUAUAUGGGAUGCAGAAAGUGGGCAAUGUACUCAGCAAUUUAGCUUUCAUUGUGCACCUGCCUUGGAUGUUGAUUGGCAAACAAAUACAUCAUUUGCUAGUUGUUCUACUGAUCAGUGCAUACAUGUAUGCAAACUUAAUGUUGAUAAACCAAUCAAGAGCUUCCAAGGUCAUACAAAUGAAGUUAAUGCUAUAAAAUGGGACCCCCAAGGUAACUUAUUGGCUAGUUGUUCAGAUGAUAUGAGUCUUAAAAUUUGGUCUAUGAAACAAGAUACAUGGGUACAUGAUUUACAAGCUCAUAGCAAAGAAAUAUACACUAUUAAAUGGUCCCCAACUGGGCCUGGUACUCACAAUCCAAAUAUGAAUCUAACCUUAGCUAGUGCAUCAUUUGAUUCUACAGUAAGGUUAUGGGAUGUAGAAAGGGGCGCAUGUAUACACAGACUUACGAAACACACAGAGCCAGUGUAUAGCGUAGCAUUUAGUCCAGAUGGCAAAUUUCUUGCUAGUGGAAGUUUUGACAAAUGUGUUCAUAUAUGGUCUACGCAGAAUGGUCAAUUGGUACAUAGUUAUCAAGGAACUGGAGGAAUUUUUGAAGUGUGUUGGAAUAGUCGAGGAGACAAAGUCGGUGCUUCUGCGUCUGAUGGCAGUGUGUUUGUUCUAGACCUUCGUAAAAUGUGAUCGCAAAUGAACAGUAGAUUAUAUUUCAUUUCCUGGACCUAUGAUUUUAAGUUACCUUCAGUAAUUCUUGUUUUAUUCUUUAUUUUUCAUUGAACUCUUUAUUACCCGAAAUAUUAGCCACAUUUUACAAUUACUUGAUUUACUUGUGCUUGUUGAGUAUAGUUUCAUAGUACAUUAAUUAUUUAUAUAUAAAAUUAAAAUUAAAAUUGAGAUACGUUCAGUAUGUUACAAAUUGAAGAAGAUUUGCAUAUAAAUAUAAAAUAAAAAAUGUGGUUUCUUUUAGCUAUUUCACUAGGGUUUUAUUACAAAUGUUUAUAAAAAGUAUUGUACAUUAAUAUUUUCAAUAAUACUCUGUAAAAUUUGGAACAGCUUGACAGAUAUUAUAUUUCUAGAAAAAAAUAUUAUUCAUUCACUAUGUGGAUGGGAUAUAUAUAAUUUUAAUGAUAAUAUUAAGCAUUAUAUGAAACAUCGGUAAUAAUAAGGAAUAAAAUGAGUCUUUUUAAAAAA